AUCUACGACAUGACGCAAACCACAGGGUAAACACCAUUCACAUUGUUCUCAACAACAAAAUAGGUACCUUUUUAUAGCCAGACAUGAUAUUUUGUUGGGCUUUUGUGUUUGCUUGGCAAAGUUGAACGUUGAUCUAGAUUGGGCAUGUGACUCUCGCAUUCUAUAGACGCCAAGUUCAUGGUCCAACCUGUAUAACUUGUGAAUCCCGUGCUAUUCACGGGUAACUCCUCGACAAAAGCAGAUUGUUUCUAAAUUGCUUUCUGGUAUUCAAGUAGCAACCUAAAUCUCUGCAGUCAUGAAGUAUCUGAGUGUGUUGCUGGUGGCAGCUUGCGUGGUCAGCUCGCUGUCGAUGUCGUUCACUGACUUCGACGAGGAUUGGAACGAGUGGAAGAACGAACACGGCAAGCGAUAUCUAAGCGAUGAGGAGGAAGCGUCGAGGAGACUGAUCUGGCAGAAGAACCUCGACAUCGUCAUCAAACACAACCUCAAAUACGACUUGGGCCACUUCACCUACGAUCUCGGAAUAAACCAGUUCGCCGACCUGCAAAAUGAAGAGUUCGUCGCCAUGAUGACUGGUUUCCGAGUGAGUGGCACAUCAAAGGCGGCUAAAGGAUCCACCUUCCUCCCACCAAACAACGUCGGCGAACUCCCAAAGACCGUCGAUUGGCGCACCAAGGGUUACGUAACUCCUGUCAAGGACCAGGGACAAUGUGGUUCAUGCUGGGCGUUCAGUACCACAGGAUCAGUGGAAGGACAGCACUUUAAGGCAACGGGUAAACUGGUGAGCCUGAGUGAACAGAACCUGGUCGACUGCUCCGGCAGAGAUGCCGGGUGUGACGGAGGCUUUAUGGACCGAGCCUUCCAGUACAUCAUUGAUGCAGGAGGUAUUGAUACAGAGGCAAGCUACCCCUACAAGGCAGUGGAUGGCAAAUGCCACUUCAAGAAGGCUAACGUAGGCGCUACCGUCACAGGUUAUACUGACGUCACCUCUGGUUCUGAGAAGGCACUGCAGAAGGCUGUAGCCCACGUUGGUCCUAUCUCGGUCGCCAUUGACGCCAGCCAUAUGUCCUUCCAGCAUUACAAGUCUGGGGUGUACAACGAGCCCGGUUGCGACUCUACCGUGUUGGACCAUGGUGUUCUCGCAGUCGGCUAUGGAACCAGCAGUGAUGGAACUGAUUACUGGAUUGUCAAGAACAGCUGGGCAGAGACAUGGGGAAUGAAUGGAUAUGUAUGGAUGUCUCGUAACAAGGACAACCAAUGUGGCAUCGCUACUAACGCUAGUUAUCCUCUGGUGUAAUCUGCAUUCAAUAUUGCAGAUAUGAAUCUGUUCGUGCAAGAACAUCAAGUCAUUUCUGAGGACACCCACUCAAACUAUGGUCCACUUUUUACCUGUAUAUUAUGGGCCUAACAUAGCAAAUGACAAUAACAAUAACACUAUCAUUACAACGACAAUAGCUGGCAGCUGUACUGAUGUAUUCUAGAUUGAUUUUUUUGCAGUCAUCUAUUGAUAAUUAUGUUUCUAAAGCUAAACUGAAGUUAUAUCAUAUAGCAAGGAACUUACACGACAAAUUUUAGUUGAUUUCAUGACAGGGAGAAGAAGAUAUAUUUGGAGACAUUUAAAUUGCAUUGUUUAAA